CGUGUUGGCUGCAAGCUGCAGGCAACCAGCUGCAAACAGUGGAACAGCGAAGUACUGCAGUAAACAGCCGGUGGAGCCAAGGAGCGCCUCAACUGCUCGUUAUUCCAUAACAGAAGGACCUGUUUGAUGGAUGGACUCCAGUGUGAUAAAACACGUUGAAAGACAGGAUUUUGGAUCUUCCAGAGGAACCAAUGAAAUCAUUUGGAGGAUAAUGAAAUUAGGGCUCAACUUCAGACUUUUUUGUGUAACAUCACUGGAAAUGGCGUGAGAGGAGACACACAAUAUAGAACGGAUGAAAGAGAUAUACAGCAACCCAGAGGAGACCUCCAGCAGAUGGCUGAUGGUGGAUCUAUUAUCUCAGCGACAUGCUUUCGGUUUGAGGAUGGAACGGGGAGGAUCUGUCAUUGACCAGGGGAUUACCAGGAGGUCGAGAAAAACCAUGUAACAUUUUUUUUUUUUUCUUCAAAUGAGGAACAAUUCACAUGACUCAUUCUGAGAUGCUGCAAGAAAAGCAAAUACUACAAUAACAGCUUGAUUCAUGGCCUGCAGAUGAUUUGGGACUCCACCACAUGUGCAGGUUAAGGUGCAUUUAAUCUAAAAAUGGACUCAAUUGCUUUUUAUGUUAAGAAGCUUUAAAAACAAUGCAUGUAUGUCUUUGGGGCUAACUUGUGGUUGUCUGGGGGAUGAUAAAGUCAUCAGACUAAGCCAUUGUGGAGAAAUGUCUAUCAUUAACAUGCAAGCACUUGAAAGAGGACUUAUGAAAGACCAUUUUUCAAAAACUACAACAAUCUACUGCAGACAAGGAGUUCCUGUCUGUUUUUCCGUCGUCUUCAUCCCUAUCUUACUAGUUCUCUUCUCCCUGGUUACACCCGCUCUGUCCAUUCAUAUGGAGUCCAUAGAGAGCCACAGUGAAUUUAGCUGUGAGCCCAUCAGACUGAGAAUGUGCCAGGAUCUGCCUUACAACACCACCUUUAUGCCCAAUCUAUUGAAUCACUACGACCCAACGGCUGCAUUAGCCAUGGAGCCUUUUCAUCCCAUGGUGAACCUAGUGUGCAGUGCUGACCUGAGGAUGUUCCUGUGUGCACUGUAUGCUCCGGUGUGCACUGUGUACGGCCAGGUGUCCAUGCCAUGCCGAUCCCUCUGCCAGCGGGCCAAGGAUGAGUGCCACAAACUAAUGGAGAUAUUUGGAGUAGCCUGGCCAGAUGACAUGGAGUGUAGCAGGUUCCCAGAUUGCGACGAAGCUUAUCCUCGUCCAGAGGACCUGCUAACAAGCUCUGGCCCCACUGACCAGUCGUCCAUGACUGUCCAGAGAGACUACGGUUUCUGGUGCCCCCGAGAGCUCAAAGUCGACCCAGACCUGGGUUACACAUUCAUGGGCAAGAAGGACUGCUCAGCCCCGUGCCCCUCAAUGUUCUUCAACCAGCAGGAGCUGACCUUUAUCCGCUACUUCAUAGGAGUCGUUUCCAUUGUCUGUCUAUCUGCAACACUCUUUACCUUCCUGACGUUCCUCAUUGAUGUUACCAGGUUUCGAUACCCUGAGCGGCCAAUAAUCUUCUACGCUGUGUGUUAUGUCAUGGUGUCACUGGUUUUCUUUCUGGGGUUCCUGUUGGAGGACAGGGUAGCGUGCAAUGCAGUCAGCCCUGCCCAGUUCAGAGCUUCAACCAUAACACAGGGCUCACACAACAAGGUAUGCACCCUGUUCUUCAUGGUCCUGUAUUUCUUCACCAUGGCCGGUAGCGUUUGGUGGGUCAUACUGACAAUCACUUGGUUCCUGGCCGCUGUGCCUAAAUGGGGCAGCGAGGCCAUUGAGAAAAAAGCCCUUCUCUUCCAUGCUGUUGCCUGGGGGCUCCCAGGGGCCCUGACUGUCACACUCUUGGCCCUGAACAAAAUUGAAGGAGAUGGGAUCAGUGGAGUGUGUUUCAUUGGGCUGUAUGACAUAGACGCCCUGAGGUGGUUUGUUCUGGCACCACUCUGCCUCAACGUGGCGGUGGGUGUGUCUCUUCUGUUAGUAGGCAUUGUGGCUCUGAACCGGGUGCGCAUGGAAAUCCCUCUGGAGAAGGAGAACCAGACCAAACUAGUCAAGUUCAUGAUUCGAAUGGGAGUGUUCUCGGUGCUCUACCUGGUCCCCUUGUUGACUGUGAUUGGGUGCUACCUGUACGAACACACUUACCGAAGCAUUUGGGAGACAACAUGGGUUGAGGAAAACUGCAGGCACCAUCACAUCCCUUGCCCAUACAAGGUGGAGCAGACCAGCCGGCCAGCCAUGGCAUUGUUCCUAAUUAAAUAUCUGAUGAUGUUGGUGGUGGGGAUCCCAUCUGUUUUCUGGGUGGGCAGCAAGAAGACCUGUUUUGAAUGGGCCAGCUUCCUGCGUGGACGCAGACGCAAAGACAGUGGAGUGAAUGAGUCCCGUCAGGUGCUGCAGGAGCAGCCGGACUUUGCCCAGUCUCUGCUGCGAGAACCCAACACCCCCAUCGUAAGGAAGUCCAGAGGAACAUCCACUCAGGGCACCUUUUAACCCCGCCCCUUCCCCCCCUUGGGUGUCCUAGACGGGCCCGGGUUUAAAAAAACCCAAAAUCCCCCACGGCCCCCCCCCACCCCCACCGGGGUAAGGCC